AAGGCCUCCUCCAAACGCAAAGCGACUGAGAGACGAGAGACUAGAGAAAACGGAGAAGAAAGAACAGAGAAUUUGGGGAAGAUGAGGAGUGCAUGUUGGUAUUCGAUUCUCUUCUUCGUAUUCGCGCUUCUGUUACGGCCGGGUCAAUCAAUUUGGCUGACUCUACCCCCCUCCGGCACCAAGUGCGUCUCCGAAGAAAUCCAGAACAACGUCGUCGUUUUGGCCGAUUACGUCGUCAUCUCCGACGACCACUCCCAGUCCGCCACCAUCUCCGCCAAGGUGACAUCGCCUUAUGGGAACAAUCUUCACCUCAGGGAGAAUGCAACACAUGGUCAGUUUGCCUUCACCACUCAUGAGGCUGGUAACUAUCUGGCAUGUUUUUGGGUUGAUGGUCGUAACCCUGGAGGCGGUUCGGUAAGUGUCAACCUUGACUGGAAAACUGGAAUUGGAGCGAAGGAUUGGGAAACUGUAGCGAGAAAAGAGAAGAUUGAGGGUCUUGAGCUUGAGCUGCGGAAACUUGAAGGAGCAGUGGAAGCCAUCCAUGAAAAUCUACUCUUUCUCAAGAGCAGAGAAGCGGAGAUGAGGGCUGUGAGUGAAAAGACAAACAGCAGGGUGGCGUGGUUUAGCAUAAUGUCAUUAGGUGUCUGCAUUGCAGUUUCAAGUCUUCAGUUAUGGCACUUGAAACGAUUUUUCCAAAAGAAGAAGCUGAUUUGAGUUGUCCUACUAACAUUAUCUAUUUAGAUGGAAUACUCAUACCAUGUAAUGUAAACUAUGAUUAGACACAUACAUCGGCAGUUCUUGUUCUUUCUUUUGGUAAUGAGAUUGUUUCUUAAAAAACUCUAGUUUACAUGAUCUAAGCAAAUUGGAAAUGAGA